AUAUAUUAUUUGACAGUUCAUUUUUCGUUCGGCUUUCAUUUCAAGUGCGAAAAAUCGAAACGUUUACUAAAAAUUUACUUUGUUUUUACAUUUUACUAAUCUACUAAAAAUAAAAAGUGUAUACAGAAGUUUCUAUUCACAAGGCCGGAUCCCUUCAGAAAUUUUCAACAUGGAGGACGAUAUGAUUCUCAAACAACCAGCGGAUCGUCGUUUGGCUGGAGACACUAAAGAUUUGCCACCUGGGCCGCCUGGAGCGGAAAACGACGAUGAAUACAGUGAAACAAAAAAAGAAGAUAAAAGCGUUGUCAAGGAGUUGUCUAAGUCUCGUCGGCGUUCACCAUCUGGAAGCCCUCCUCCCUCUAAACGCAAAUCACCUUCAAGAGGUCCACCGCGGUCACCUCGGGGUAGACGAACUCCAUCUCCUCGUCGUCGUUUCGGUCGCAACCGUAACGAUUACAGCCCAGAUCGUCGUCGAUUUAAUGAUCGCGGUCGAAUGCGACGCUCGCCCUUAAGAAAUCGGUCUAGAGAUCGAAUAGAUCACCGGCGCAAUGGGCGCGAUCGCUUUCGAGGAAGGCGUGAAAGUCGCAGUCGUAGCCGGAGCAACAGUCCAGUUUCUAGGCGACGAUGGUCACCCAAGAAAAAGCCAAGUUCACCACCGAUUCCACCGCCCGGAGCACAAUAUAGUGUUGCUGGUCCUGGAAUGUAUCCGGACGCUUACACAGCAUACAGUCAGUAUGGCCCACCACAACAAGCCUACGGACCAGGCGAUUUUGUAGCUGCACCCCCUCAGGCAGCAUUUGCAACAGGAUAUCCACCACCACCGGCUUGGGGUGUUCCUCCAGAAAGUUACCAACAACCAAAUUGGGUACCACAGCAGGAACCUAUGGCUCCACCAAUUUUGCAACAGCCAUCGGGAGUAGUAGUGCAACAGACGGUUGCAGUUCAACCGCCUGGAACACAACAACCACCGCCAACAAUUGUGGUGGAAAAGAAAAAUGAAUCUAACCCAACACAUGACGCUGUUGCACAGGAAGCUGAAAACCAACGUGAUGAAUUAAAAAAGCAGCGUACCAGCUAUUUAAAGAAGACAGCUGCCCUAAAGAAAGAGCUUAAAGUACUCAAGGACCAGCGGAAGGACUUGAUUGGGGGAACUGGAUCACAUAGCCCAACAACGAAAGGUUUCCUGGACGAAAACGAACGCUUGCAGAGUCAAAUCCAGAAAAAAUUAAGCACAAUUGAAAAUGUGAUUGAUAUGUUGACUGGAAUUAUCGGAGAAGAGAAUCUUUCAAAGGAAGAGGCAAUUGAAUCACCUAAGAAGCACUCUAAAAAAAAACGUUCUACAUCGUCCUCCUCAUCGGAUGAUAGUUCAUCUUCUAAUUCGUCGUCAUCAAGUUCAUCGUCAUCGAGCUCGGAAUCGGAAGAUAACAGUUCGCCGGAGCGUUUGAAAAGCAAAGCUAUCGAGAGCAUGAAACACAAAAGAGAUGUACAAGGAAAAGCUGUGACUAAAGAUAAGAAAGUCAAGGAUGAACUCAAAAAGGCGGAUGAAAAAAAAAUAAACUACGUUUUCUAUGACCCAGAAAUGCACUGGUGUAAAAUUUGUGAUUCAUUCCCAAAAACUGCAAAAGAUUAUCUGACACAUUUACAUUCGAAAGAUCAUGCGGAAAACGUUGAAACAAUGGAAACGCCAUGGCACAACACAAUGACUACCGAUGAAUAUCCAUCUUUUGAAGGAGCUCCAAUAAAACGUACUCCCAUACGUGGAUUACCUUUUUUUGUACCAGCAACUUCUUGGUAUUGUAAAAUUUGCUCAGUUUGGAUGGGUGACCUUCACUGUGCUUCGUUGCACUUAAAAUCAAGAACCCAUUCAAAUAAAUAUAAUGCUUAUUUGGAGAAAAAUCCCCACUAUGAAGUCGAUUGGCUUGCCGAGAGACAAAAACAGAUUAACGAAAAAAAAUCAGCUCCACCACCUGCUCCGAUUAUUUCAACAUUAUCUACAACAACAGAUUUAGAACAUAAAGAAGUCAAAAAUAAGUCUAAGCAUGGAGAAGAAAAAGAAAAGAAUUCGAAAAAGCGGAAGAAGAAAAACUCUGAUAAAAAAGAUAAGAAAAAGAAGAAACGCUCAAAAAAACGAAAGAAGGCCGCAACAUCUUCUUCCAGCAAUGAUUCUUCAUCUGAAACAGAGGCAAAAAAUGCAAAGAAAAAGCAGCUAGAACCACUGCCUUCCUCGGCACCUGCAGCUCCAGCAGCUCCAUCUAUUCGAGUUCAAAUGCGCAACCUUCAGAAAGAAAAAGAAGAAAUGGAAAUUCAAGGACUUGCGCCACCACCACCUCCUAAAAUUAGUGAGCCUUCACAGUCAGUUGUCGCCGAAGCAGAAAGUACUAAAAAAGAUGACUUGAUAUCACAAUGGAACAUUGUACAAUCCGUAAUUAGUGAUAGUGAAAAGAAACUUCUUGAACAACUGAAGGGUAAGUUGAAGAAUAAACCACCAGAAGUAGAGACAAAAAAAGAAGAUAAAGUGCUUGUGCAGCCGCCGCCGGUUGUACAAUUUAUAAAAGCCAAUGAGAAAAAAAAUUCAACUGAACAUAGAGGACACGUUCGAAGCCCUGCUAAGAAAGAUGAAAGUAGAAAUGAUAAAGAAAAAGACAACGGAGGAGCAAUAGCUAAUCGACGUCGCAGUAAGAGCCGUCCUUCUAGACGAAGCAGGAGCCGAAGUCUUAGUGCACCUGGACGCGGCAGGCGAAUGAGACGGAGUCGUAGUCGUGGUGGUGGUAUUCGCCGCAGCAGGAGUCGAGGAAGAAGAAGUCCAAGUCGUGGAAGAUUUUCGCCAAGGGGAUACGGCAGAAGACGUAGGAGUCGUUCACAGGGACGAAGAAGAAGUCGGUCCCACGGACGACCUCGCCGUCGGAUCUCAUCAUCACGUUCCAGAUCUCGUUCGGGUAGCAACCAUCGUAUAGAGAAAGCAAUUGUGCGUCAGCCUGAAUUUCGGCCACGCGUACCCGUGACUGAUGCUAAUAACGUUAAGAAGAGCAAAUCCAAACCCGUCGAAGAGAAAGAAGAUCGUAAGAAAUCUUCAUCAAAAUCCUCAGCAUCGAAUAAGAAACUUCCAUUUAUUGGUCGUAUGCCAGUUUUCAAAAAACAAUCGCAAAAUUCUGAAAACCCCGAGAUUUCGGAAAAUGAAAAGAAAGAGCCAGAAGAAAGUAAUCAUCCAAUUGAAUAUGGUCCAACAAUGGCACCAGUGCCAAUGAUGCAGGAUUCCUACGCUCAUGCGGGUUACGAGCCAUCUUUAAUGAGUGAAUAUGAAGAUCUGAUGCCAGACCCAGUGCAGUUUGUCAGCUUAAUGGGAGCUCCACCACCUCCACCUUCACUACCCCCGCCACAGCAAUACGUUGAAGAAGAAAAGGAUAUUCUACCACCAGGCAUAGAUGAGACAGAAAGCGAAUUUGUCCCAAAACCAAUCAGUGAUGCCCCAAUUCCACGCAAGGGACCUCUUCCCAAAGAUUUUGAAGAAGCCCUCAAUAUUAUAUUUCCUGGCGAGAAGAAACAUGAUGAUGAUUUAGCAGGAGCCAAAUCUUCUGGUGAGACCCAGAUUAUAAUGGAUGAACCUAUUAUGCAACAAUCUGACUUGCUAAAAGAAGGUAUUCACAUGAUGACUGUUGAAGAGACUUCUCUUGUGGGCAUGGACGAGGCCUCACAAAUGAGCAUGAAUGAACCAUUACAGUUUAACAAACCAACAUCAUCCGUAGCAACUACAUCAGCCAACAACAGCGGAGAGAACUCUGUAGACAAAUCACCCCUCCAAACUGAUCCCAUUGAAGAAGCGGUAGGAGUUUGUAUCUCGUCAAUUCCUCCGCCUCCCCCACCGUCGAUGGUGAUGGAACAGAUUGUUGAAAAGAACUCCUCCGAAACUGAUUUAAUUCAGGAAAAAUCUCCUGAAUCUGUUGAGAUGCCAACUCCACCAAAAGAUUUACAAAUAAAAUUAUCCGAAAAUAAGCUGGAUACUAACCCUCAACCCGUUUCACCGACGGAUAGUGAAAAAAAUCGGCGUCAAGAAGAACUGGACGAUCUGGCUAUGCUGGGGAUUGAUGCUGAUGAUAUGGCAGCAAUGUGUAUUUAAAAAACCAUGAAACAAAUAAGAAAACACGAUUGAAAGAAUAUUUUUAAAAUUAAAGCUACAAUUUUUUGUUCAAUUAGUAUAUUAUUAUGAUAAUAAUAAAAGAACUUGAAUGAA